UUCGUUGUUUACUGAUAAAAUCCUUUGUGGCAUACAUAUUAAUUGCAAAUCAAUUUUAAAAAGUGCUACAAGCAGUGUAAUUUAUAAUAUAUAGUCAUGUCCUUUUUCAAGAAUGUAGCGUCCAGUUUCACCAUCCGUAGUCGUGAUUCGAUUUUGAAAGAAUCUCUAAUAAAUAACUUAUCUGAAUGCGUAAAAGACAUACAAUAUAAUAAUCAGUUCGAAGAAAACUUCCACAGCGUUCUUGGAUCGACGGAUUCUACUAACACACUGUGUACGGCUCUUGAAGCAGUAUUUCUACAUGGUUUGAAGGACACAUUUCUACGAAAGGCGAAAAAUGUACUGUCAGGUGACCCAGACCUCCGACCACAGCCGAACUUUUGGCCACUAGUACUCGUGCUCUCUCACCGCCAGAAUAUCGACGAGAUCUCGUCAUUGCUGCAGAUCAACACGGAGAUUGGACAAUGUAGGGCUUGGCUGCGAAUUGCUCUCAAUGAAUGUCUUCUAUCCUCUUACAUGGCAACUCUUCUGAAAAACAUAUCUGCUGUUAGACCUUUCUAUAAUAAGUCUGCCUUUGUGUGUGAUUCCGAAAUUUUAGAAGUUGCCCAAAAACUCAUAGAAGGAUUAGAGACAUGCAUUCAGUUUAAUUUGCCUACUAAUUCAAGUUUACUUAAUCACUGGCCUGAGCCAGUGCUGAUGCUGGCAGGCCUGUGGGUGCCGACUAUGCGAGCGGCGCCCAUCAGUGCAGGCCUCGACGUGGCCAGCACCAUGUGCGAUGAAGAGGUCAGGCCUAAAGAUGUGGCCACUCCAACUGACAUAUCUGGAAUAACUGGAUUGGGCAGGCUGGCUCUAAAUGAAGAUGAAGCAUUAGAAUUUAUCCUCUCUAUAUCUAAUGACAUUACCACCAUGGGAACACAACCUCAAAUUGAACCAGAAAGAAAGGAUGACUUAGAUGAUAACAAUCCUUUCACUAUUGAUGACAAUGAAAGUAAUGCUCUAUCAUUAGAUCAGCCAUCUACAAGUCAGAACCAAGAUGUUCUUAAUAAUAGUCUACAAGAAGAUACAGAUGCUGAUCCUCUGGAUGGGGCUAAUGAUGUUGUGAUUACUGGAAACUCUUUGUGUGGUAAAGGAUGGUCUACUGAUAAAAAUGAUGAAAUGAAUUGUUCUAUUAAUUCCAACUCCUCACAUGGCAGCAGCCUCAUAAAAACACCAGAAUUAAAAAGUUUGUCAUCUCUGCUGGAUACAGCAAAUAAUGUGACAGAAAAAUGUGUUAAUACUCCUAAUUUGCGAGACAUCAUGAAAGAUAUCCAUAAGGAGUUAAAGUUAAAUACAGAUGAACCAGAAGUUGUUGAGUUGAAGUCAGAAGCUGCUACACCUGAGGACCCCAUGCUCCAAGGGUUGGGCUUUGAAAUUGUGUCCAAUUCAGUAACAGGGUCAUUCACCGUCACAGAACUACAGAAGAUGAUUCAGCAGCUGGGGAGCCUCUCCCGGGAACACGGUCUGGAUCAUCAAAAUUAUCAGUGCAAGGGUUGUCAAGACUUGUUGGGCAGCACCAUUUCCAAAGCUAAAGUGUGUGCUUAUACUGGGGAAUAUUAUUGUUCCAAUUGCAUGGAUACCAACUUGUUUAUAAUACCAGCUCGGGUGAUACACAACUGGGACUUUAAGAGAUACCCAGUCUCCAAGAAAUCUGCUCUGUUCUUAUUAGAGUUCCAGCAUCAUCCCUGGAUCCAUAUGAAAAAGCUUAAUCCAAAAAUAUAUUCUGGGGUGUCUGAUAUGGCACAGUUACAAGAAUUAAGAAUACAACUUAACUUCCUAAGAGCAUACAUAUUCUCAUGUAGAGAACCUGUUAUUGAAGAAUUGCAGAAACGAGUCUGGCCAAGGGAAUAUCUAUAUGAUCAUGUGCACUUGUACACUAUAUCAGACCUAGUCCAGAUACCAAGUGGAUCCCUGUUAUUGCAAUUAGAGAAAGUUGUCAACUUUGCUAAAACUCAUGUGCUAGAUUGUUGGUUUUGUAGUCAGAAAGGGUUUAUAUGUGAAGUUUGCCGAGAUCCUAAAGUAUUGUAUCCAUUUGAAACAAGCACGACAUAUCGUUGUGAUGAGUGCUCAAGUGUCUUUCAUAUCAAAUGUUUCAAUGCAAAUAUGCCAUGUCCAAAAUGUAAACGAAAACAAAAUCGUACGAAUGAAUCUAACUUAGUAUAAAUUACUUUAAAUGAAUGAUAACUUUGUUUUAAAUAUUUUAUCCAUAUAAAGUAAUAUAACUACAUAUUGCUAAAUUUUUCCGCCUCAUUUUUAAAAAUAUUUUAGUGUUAUUAUUUGGUUUGCUGAGGAAAUAGGGGUUGGCAAUGUUACCUAGUUUACUAUUAAAAACCCAUAGAUACCUAUAGUAAAAUCAUAACUAACUUUUAAUCUAUUUCUAUGUUAAAAAUCUGAAUAUUUAUACAACACACUUUUAAUAUAUUAGCAUAGUUUAACAAAACGCAUUUAAGUCCCACGGUGACAAGCAAAAGUCACUAAGUACCACCACAAGAUCAUAGCCAUAGUGAACCAUAUUAGUACUAAAAGUAAGGCGACUUUUGUUAAUUUUUUUUUUGUAAUUAGUAACUUUUGGUCGUCACCUGAUGAUUUUAUAAUAGUGAGUAAAUUUUAUAAAAGUUCAAUUACAUCAAUAGAAAUGCCCUUCCAUAAUUAGUAAACUAAACUUAUAUUAAUUGAUAUCAUUUAUAGAAAACCAAUGAAAGUCCUUAGACUUAUAUGAAUUUUAGGUAGUCUACUAAAGAGCAAUGUAAAUGGGCCAUUUUGUAAAGCCAAUUGCAAAAAAAAAGUGACAUAUUUUCGUAAAUAUUGAGUGGAAUAAAUGAAUACCAAUUCGUAUUGAUUUAUUCCACUCAUGCUACGAAUACAUACAAUUGUGUCACAGCAUAGGUAAGUGCUAUUUGACUGUUUAAUGCAUUCACUGCCAGGGGGCAGUGGCCUAGGAACACUUGUUUUUUCCACUAUACUCUGAUAUAUAAUUUCAUAAUAAUUGAAAUAGGUAAGGUGCAUUGGGAUAACUUCGAAAACGGGGUAAUUUUGAUAAUAACAAAUAUCUACUAAGCACUUUCUAUUGUAGAAUUGGCAAAUUGGCAAAA